AUGUUUUUUAACAUAUUCAAAAUUAAUUUUAUUAAGCAUUGUUGUCGUGUAUCCAAUAUAUAUAUUCAUUUUAUCUAUCUAUCUAUCUAUCUAUCUAUCUAUCUAUCAAUCUGUCUAUCUAUUGCUAUCUAUCAUAAUAAAAUUACAGAUUUUUCUCUCUCUAUAUUUUCAUUUUCUCUCUCUCUCCUAUUAUAUUUUAUAUCUCUCUCCCUCCCACACUUUCUCUCUCCCUCCUCCAUUUUUCACUCUUAUCCCACAUUUCUCUUCUCUCUCUCUCUCUUUCCCCAAUAUUCUCUCUCUCUUUCUUUUUUUUCUAAAGGCCUGCAUUUUACAUCUCUACAGUCCUUUACUGGUCACUCAUUCGCCGUCAAAAAACUCCUCUUCUGUCUUGAAUUACCGGUCGAACUCAUCUCUGCCGUCUGGGUCCGACGAACUUUCUUCUCUGGCGUCCGGUUCAAACGAAUUGUCACUCAUCUCCGCUCUCUGGCCAAACUUCUCAGCUUCAGGCCGAACUUCUUCACUUUUCUCAUCUCUGCCCGCAAACUUUUCACCCGCCGUCCACGCCCAACUCCGAACGUCCGCGGCUGA